AUGACGGAGAUGGUGAUGAGGUUGGCGGCCCUCAUCGAGGACUGGGAUACAGCGCGUGCGCGCAAAAUCCGAAGGGGCCUGAACGACGCAGGCCAGCCGACAGUGCUGGAUGCGACGGAGAUCAUUUCCCAAAAGUGGGAGAGCUUUUCGGACCAGACUGUGAUCAGGUGCUGGCUCAAGGCCACCAUUCUUCCUGGGGAGCACGAGAGCGCGCUCAAGGACAAAGACUCGAGGUUGGGCCGAGAAGACCCAGGGGCGGCCGCCCUGGACGACCUGUGCGAUAUGGUCGAGAAGAUGUUCAUGCCGGAAAGUGCCAAGGACCUGGAUGCUAGGUCUAAGCCGCGAGUGUUGACGGACGACUUGUUCGUCGAGAGCGCCUCUGGCCUCACAGAAGAAGAAGUGCGCAGCGCAAUGCGCACUUGGCAUAGUGUAGAGGACGAUGAAGAGGUCUUGAGGGAUGAGGUAGAACUCAAGAUGCAAGAGGUAAAGGAGAACAUGUCAAACGUACACGUCGGGGAGGACGUGUCCAGUGAAGAGGAAGGCGAUCACGGUAGGCCAGUCGUGCAUCAAUCUACGAUUUCAGAGGGCGAGGUUCGCUCUCGUCUCGAAGAUGUCCGCUCUUACUUGUACACACAUGGAAGAGACGGCGAGUGCAGCGAAACGGCAUACCUUCUUUCGAAGACUGUGCAUUCGUUCACUCAUGAAACUCAGGUCAAGCGAAGAGCAAAGGAGGGGGGGGAGGUGCAGGCGACUCUUCAGGAUAUGUGGCGGGAGUAG